AGCGCACCUGCUCCAAACGCACAGAGUCAUUUCCAGUCGCACUUCUUUCCCCCCUCUAAAUAUCAAUUACACCCAAAGAGAGAAAAGAAAAGAGCUGAAUGACCACGUGGCCGCUUCAUAGCCCCAGACUCCACGUUUGUCCCUGAGGUCCCUUGGUCAUCGCGGAGGCGCACACUAAGAAAAACACCCACUCCGGACAGACCGAAUUGUAUCCGGUGAGAAAGCAGGAGAGAGGAGGAGGGAUCCUUUGGGAGGCAGCGGCAGCAGCAGGAGCAGCAGGAGCAGGAGCAGCAGUCCUUGUCGUCCACUGUUUCUCCCCCGGCCCGCUCUGUGUGGGCGGGGGGCUCGACCACCGCUCUGUGGUCAGUCUAGACGGCCGCGCUGCUGCUGUGUAAUUGUAUCAAAGUGGAUAUUAAACAGGAGUAACGGAUUCCAGAUCAGCGCCUUGGGGCGUGUGUGGGCAAGGUCUAGACUGCUGGCUAUGAGGAUGUUGUCAACGAGGCCGAUCAGGUGGAGUUUGUGGGCUCCACUGGUGUUACUGGCCCUAAUCUCCAAUUUCCCCAGUCAGGCACAGGACCAAAUUCCAACCCCAAAGAGGCUGCGUUUCAAAGUGCUGAGCUCAAGCAAACUCCUUAUUUCAUGGAAGGAGCCCAAAGGAGACUUUGACAGCUUUCUGUUCCUCUACAACAGCAUACCAGGUGGUCAGCAGAAGGAGAUCAUAGUAUCUAAAUCUGACACUAAGGUGUUGAUAACAGACUACGACGCCUCAAAAGACUACACCGUCAGUGUCAUUGCUGUCAGCGGCAACGAGCAGAGCAGACCACUUCAGGGCAGACAUAAAGCGGAAAGAGGUGAGGGUGACGGUGGAGACAAGACCGAGCCCCAGAGGCAGACUGAGUCAGUCGUGCCUCCGGAGGAAGCCAACGAGAUCUCAGGAGUUGAUCAGUUUGUGUGUCACACGGAAGCCAUUGCUGACAUUGUGAUCCUGGUUGACGGCUCCUGGAGUAUUGGUCGGAUCAACUUCCGGCUUGUCCGCAUGUUCCUGGAAAACCUGGUCAAUGCCUUCGAGGUUGGCAUCGACAAGACAAGGAUAGGUCUGGCUCAGUACAGUGGUGAUCCCAGGAUAGAGUGGCAUCUAAAUGCUUUCUCCACUAAAGAAGCCGUCAUUGAUGCAGUCAAGAACCUGCCCUACAAAGGAGGAAACACUCUCACAGGCCUUGCAUUGAGCUAUAUCAUGGAGAACUGCUUCAAGCCAGAGGCUGGCUCUCGGGCUGGUGUGCCCAAGAUCGGGAUCCUGAUCACGGAUGGGAAGUCCCAGGAUGAUGUUAUCCCACCUGCCGAGAGCCUGCGCAAUGCCGGGAUUGAGCUGUUUGCUAUUGGAGUGAAGAAUGCUGAUGAGAACGAGUUGCGCUCCAUCGCGUCGGAGCCAGAGAACACUCACGUCUACAAUGUGGCCGACUUCAACAUCAUGAGCUCCAUAGUAGAGGGUCUGACCAAGACAGUGUGCGAGCAAGUGGAGCAGCAGGAUAAAGACAUCAAGGAGAAACAGAUACCAGAGACCAUUGGAACGCCACUCGACCUGGUGACAUCAGAGGUCAUGGCCCGGAGCUUCAGGGUCUCAUGGAGCCACGCUCCUGGAAACGUAGAGAAAUACAGAGUGGUUUAUCAUCCUGCUCAGGGAGGAGAGCCGCAGGAGGCCGUGGUGGACGGCAGUGAAACCGCCGUGGUGUUGCAGCAUCUCAGCUCUCACACCGAGUACCAGCUGGCUGUGUUUGCUGUGUACGCAAACGAGGCAAGUGAGGCUCUGAGAGGAUCAGAAACGACCCUGGCCCUUCCUACAGUGACAGGCCUGCAGCUGUUUGAUGUGACUCACAGCAACAUGAAGACAAGAUGGGACAGUGUGGACGGGGCGUCUGGCUACAUGCUGCUGUACGCACCACUUGCAGCUAAUGGAGAAUUGGACGAGAAGGAGAUCAAAGUAUCACGUGCAGUGACAGAGCUGGAGCUCGAUGGGUUGAGCCCUCACACUGAGUACACUGUCACUGUUUACGCCAUGUACGGAGAGGAAGCCAGCGAGCCUGUUACAAACCAGGGAACUACAUUACCAUUGGGACCUCCCAGUAACCUCCAGUUCUCUGACAUCACCCAUAAUUCCGCCCACAUCAGCUGGGAACCUGCGCCCCGAGGGGUCAAAGGUUACCGCAUCAUGUGGGUCAAGACAGAGGAACUAGUCACAAAGGAGGUGGAGGUUGGUCCAGUGAGUUCUUAUGACCUCAGUGAGCUGACUUCUCUGAUGGAGUACUCAGUGGCCAUCUUUGCCCUGUACGGCGACGGCCAAUCGGAGCCGCUCACCGAUGCAUUCACCACCACUCCAGUUCCUGGGCCUCUGAAUCUACGCUCCAGCGACAUCAGCACAGACAGCUUUGAGGUCGGCUGGGAUCAUUCAGCCAAUGACAUCGUCCUUUACAGACUCUCAUGGGCACCGUUCACAGGUGGCGACAAAAAAGAGGUGAUCCUGAGUGGAACUGAUAACAGGUACAUCCUGACCAGCCUGAGUCCGUCAACUGAGUAUGAAGUUAUGUUGAUGGCUAUAUUCAAAGACGAAUCAGAGAGUGACACUGUCUCUGUUAUCGAGACCACAUUGGCCAUGAUGACAACAAUUGCUACAACAACCACAGCAGCACGUCUGGCUGUGAGAAACCUUCAGCUGAGUGACGAGACCACCCAGAGCUUGGAGGCAUCAUGGGAGAUGGAGGACCCCCACGUGGAGAGCUACAGGGUCUCCUAUGCUGGCCUCAGGGGCGACCACCAAGAGGAGUCUGUAUUGGUUCCCGGAGGUCAGAGGAGAGCUGUGCUUGAGCCUUUACUGUCAGACACCCAGUACAAAGUGACAGUUACACCCGUGUACAUGGACAGACAAGACGGCAUCAGUGUCUCCGCCAUGGGAUCCACAUUGCCCCUCCUGUCUCCUGGAAACCUCCGCGUAUCAGAGGAGUGGUACAACCGAUUCAGAGUCGCCUGGGAUCCACCUCAGUCUUCUACAGUCGGUUAUAAGAUUGUUUACCAGCCCAUUUAUGUUGCAGGACCAGUUUUGGAGACAACAGUGGGGGAAGACGUGAACUCCAUGGUCCUUCUUAAUCUUCUAAGUGGGACAGAAUACAGCGUUCAAGUGACAGCUUCCUACCCGACAGGACAAAGCGAACCACAGCUUGUUAACACUAAAACACUGUUCCUUGGCGUCUCUGGCUUGUCAACAUACCAGGUGCGUUCCAACAGCAUGUGCGUCCAAUGGCAGCCUCUUCUACACGCCACAUUAUACAGAGUCUCCAUCCAGUCUACGCUCAAUGGCCAAAGGCAGGAACUAAGCCUGGGGGGUGGUGCUUCCCGUCGGUGCUUCUAUGACCUCACUCCCAGCAGCCAAUACCAGAUCAGCGUUCACACGCAGAUGCAAGAGAUGGAGGGACCGUCAGUCUCUAUCACUGACAUGACGUUGCCGGCGCCCACUCAGGCUCCAACUGAACCACCCACUACAGAGCCCCCUCCCACCAUCCCGCCUGCUAAGGAAGUGUGCAAGGAGGCCAAGGCUGACCUGGCGUUCCUGGUCGACGGCUCCUGGUCCAUUGGCGAUGACAACUUCCUGAAGAUCACACGUUUCCUCUACAGCACCAUGGGAUCGCUGGAUCUGAUUGGACCAGAUGGCACCCAGGUGGCCAUUGUUCAGUUCAGUGACGAUGCUCGCACAGAAUUCCAGCUCAAUUCCCAUGGCAACAAGGAAGCGAUGCUGGAAGCUAUUCAGAGGAUCCGAUACAAAGGAGGAAACACCAAGACAGGUCGGGCCAUCAAACACGUGAAAGAGACAAUUUUCACUCUAGAGACCGGGGCCAGAAGGGGCGUUCCUAAAGUGCUGGUCGUCCUCACUGAUGGACGUUCGCAAGAUGAUGUCAACAAAGUGUCCAAAGAGAUGCAGAUGGAGGGUUAUAUCAUCUUUGCCAUUGGCUUUGCGGAUGCGGACUACGGAGAGCUGGUGAAUAUCGCCAGCAAGCCCAGCGAUAGACACGUCUUUUUUGUGGACGAUUUGGAUGCUGUGAAGAAGAUAGAAGAACAGCUUAUUACCUUUGUCUGCGAGGCUGCCACUGCCACUUGUCCAUCUGUUUUGAUGAGUGGUAACACAAUGGCAGGUUUCCGUAUGAUGGAGAUGUUUGGCCUGGUAGAGAAGGAGUACAGCAUCAUACCUGGAGUUUCUCUCGAGCCGGGGUCAUUCAACAGCUUCCCCUGUUACAGGUUACACCGUGAUGCUCUGGUGUCGCAGCCCACCAAGUACCUCCACCCUGAGGGUUUACCCUCUGACUACACCAUUUCAAUGAUGCUCCGUCUACUUCCGGAGACCCCGCAAGAGCCCUUUGCAUUGUGGGAAAUCCUCAACAAAGUCAACGAGCCAUUGGUGGGACUAAUCCUGGACAACUCCAGAAAGACCUUGACGUUCUUCAACUAUGACUACAGAGGAGACUUCCAGACUGUUACCUUUGAAGACACAGAAAUCAAAAAGAUCUUUCAUGGCAGCUUCCACAAGCUCCAUGUAAUCAUCAGUAAGACGUCAGUGAAGGUGGUGUUAGAUUGCUCUGUGGUCGGGGAGAAAUCCAUCAAUGCAGCUGGUAACAUCACCACAGACGGGGUGGAGAUCCUCGGAAGGAUGUUUCGGUCCAGAGGAACAAAGGACAACUCUGCUCCAUUCCAGCUCCAGAUGUUUGACAUCAUCUGCAGUACAUCCUGGGCCAGCAGAGAUAAGUGUUGUGAGCUGCCAGCAUUGAGGGUUGAGGAGCAGUGCCCUUCCAUGCCUCAUGCCUGUACCUGCUCCCAGGACAGUAAAGGACCCCCCGGACCCUCUGGACCCCCCGGUGGUCCGGGCAUAAGGGGAACCAGAGGAGACAGAGGAGAGCCAGGAGUAACGGGACCUCAAGGGCCGGUGGGAGAGAUUGGCCCUAAUGGACCCCCAGGACCACCUGGUCCUCAAGGACCCAGCGGACUCUCCAUUCAGGGGCCUCCGGGUGCUGCUGGGGAGAAGGGAGAGACAGGAGAGAACGGUCCAGCCGGACAAAUGGGUGUUCCUGGAAGCCCUGGCUCACCUGGCAGAGACGGCCCCCCAGGAGGAAGGGGUCUUCCAGGAAAUAUUGGACCACAAGGUCAACAAGGGACUUCUGGACCGGUUGGAGCCCCGGGGGCCCCUGGAGCUCCAGGACCAGGUGGACCAGCGGGGUCCCAAGGAGAUCAAGGACUUCCCGGUCCUGCUGGUACCAAAGGCGAUAAGGGAGAAAGAGGUGACGUGCAAUCCCAAGCUGCUGUCCGCGCCAUCGCACGGCAAGUGUGUGAACAGCUCAUCCAGAGCCAUUUGUCUCGCUAUAACUCCAUACUGAACCAGAUCCCCGUCCAGUCGUCGCUGUCAGUCCGAACAGUACCGGGACCGCCAGGGGAGCCUGGUAGGAGAGGUCUCCCGGGACCCCAGGGAGAGCAAGGCUCGACCGGCAGACCAGGCUUCCCUGGUACCAAUGGCCAGAAUGGGCGACCAGGAGACAGAGGUCUGACCGGAGAGAAGGGGGAGAGGGGGAGUCCAGGGGUCGGGAGUCAGGGACCUCGGGGACCGCAUGGACCUCCAGGUCUGCCAGGUGAAGGACGGACAGGCAGUCAGGGCCCACCGGGUCGGCCUGGUAACCCGGGGACAGCAGGGCGGCCGGGGAAUCCUGGCACCAACGGAGCAGCUGGCCCACCUGGAUACUGCGACCAGAACUCUUGUCUGGGAUACAACGUUGGAGUUCAACAGGACUAUGGGAAUGAUUACUGAAGAGCAUUCUCCGACCGUCCUCCUCUUCCUCCUCCUCCUCCUGUGCUCACCUCCUUCCAUCCCUCACUCUGUGCCCUGUCCAUAAGAUUAAAAACUGAAGAAACUGAUUCCCUCAAGGCCUUCAUAUUUCUUGGGAUGGAUAAUUACUCCUGGCCCCGGGGUUUAACCUCUACUCCCUGGAGCAGUUUUUUUUUUACAUUUAGGUUCUGGAAUGAAAUUAUCUGGAAUUUUUGAAGGCAACAAAUCUAACGGCCUGAUUUAAAAGCCCUAAUGUGGGUCACGUGCAUACAGAAAAGAUUGUCAGUCCGAAUGCACUUGAUUCUAAAUGAUUGUCUAUUAAGAAGAGAACCUGGAUUCAUACUAUCAGCUGAAUUUCUUGAGCUGUGAGUUUCAUGACGAUUAGCUUACCUCCCCGAACAAUACACUGCUGUGAUGAUCACCACCAGAGGCCUCCUCUUCACCCGACCAACCUCUUCUAUCUGUACAUCUCUUUUACUGUAAGACGGGCAGGAAAUCUAAAAUGUUAACCCCAAUUUUGUCUCAGAGGUGACGUUUUCAUUUCUGGAAAACGAUCAGAUCUGGACAGCAUGUGAUGAGACACAAUUUUCCUCUAAUUCCAUUAACCAACUUCCUCAAGGUCAAUGAUAAAAAAAUAAUAAGCCAUAGCUGCUUAAAAUCAUUUAAGCCUGCUGUAUAGCUCAAAUUUCGAUCUGUGCAUGCUUCCCAUUCUUACUGUGCUUCUCAUACAUACCCAAAAUAUUCCCACCACCCCAGUCCAACCCCUGCCUCACGGUGGCUACCAGUCCUCCAAUCCCCCCUACAACCAGCUGUACAACCCUGCUGCAGUGGCUUACAACAACGACCAAGGAGGCGAAGAAGAAGAGGAGGAGGAGGAGGAGGAGGGGGGAGAGGAAGAGCAGGACCCCUAUUACCAUCGCGGUUACCCCCCUCAAUACUACCCGCAACAACCUUCUCAAUCGGCGCAUGGCCGCCGCGGUUACCACGCGAGCCCCACCCACUCUGAGGACGUGGAGCUGAGGUCGCCGGGCGUGGCCAGGAGGUUUUCACGUGACGUCGUCGUCGUCAUGGAGGAGAGUGAGGAGGGAGGACUUUAGAGGAAGGAUGAACUCACCUAAAGUGCUUGCACGCCACAACACACACACACACACACACACACACACACACACACACACACACACACACACACACACACACACACACACACACACACACACACACACACACACACACACACACACACACACACACACACACGUGCGCAACCCUGAUAUUCACACAUGGAAAUCAGACACUGACAUACAGAAUCUGAAACUGGAGUGACAGCCCCCCCUCCCCCUGUGUCUCCUGUGAGUUUUCUCCAACAGGUGAAACAGUGUAAAUAUCUCUGUGGACUCUUGUACAAUAUCUCUGUAAAAAAUGGGUGAGGGGUGAGGGGUGGGGGGUCCGAAAAAGUGCCUGAUCUAUGUUAGCAUCAUUCAGCGGUAAUGCAAAGGUAAGACCUGUUUCUUCCCAUCCUACAGACGAUUCCGGGACUUAGCCCUACUUGUUUGUUUUUGUGUGUGUGUGAAGCUGCAUGUCUCCUUUGAGCCAACCAGUGGGUGUGUAACUGGACACGUGCAUCUCGUUUUUGUUUUAUGUUACUAUAAGAUUAUUUUUCAGUUCACAUCAUUGAGGACGAGAAGCUGGCAACAUUUGUACAGGCUGCUUUUUAUAAUGAUGAAUUAUGUUUUCCCCCGUGUAUUUCAAUGUAUAAAAGGAAUAUUGAAAUGUUUUUUUCAAAGUGAUUUCUCUGUUUCAGUAUUGUGUUGACGUUUGCUUCUCUUUACCAGUAUUUGGGCUGAACUAUUAAAGGAGUUAAUCCCCCAAGAUUAAAUGUGGAAGCAGAUGCAUCAAAUUUGUUAAGUUUAAUAUUACCUUAAGACUGUGGAACACAAAUCUAUCUUUUAAAUUAUUUUCAUUCAGAGAUAAUUGGGCCUGCGUUACAUUUUGUUCUGCCUUAUUUAAUACUGUUUCUACAAACAUGUCUGUUCUGGGGGUUUAACCCUCAGACCUGUUGGGAAUUUAUCAAAUCAGCGUCGUAUGUGUCUUGAGUUGCUGCCCUUUUGUUUUGUUAAUUGUUCUUAUGCAAAUUUGGGCCUGUUCACUGUGGAAAACGUUUUCUCGCUAGGUGACCACUGACGUCGUACUGGAAGGAUACCUGGAUCCAGUCGUUAUUCCGAGCAGUCUGCUGCUUCUUGGUGUCACCAGUAAGGAAGGACUCAACCACAAGUGUAAAUGUUGUCCCUCCUGCACUGCAACCUGAAAAAAACCAACAAGCACUAAAGAAAACUAAAAGUUUAUCUGUGAACUGGCCCCAUUUCUAUUUGAGGUUUUUAAGUGUCAAACUGGAACAAUUUUAAUCAGGAAUGUGUCUCACCACCAUGCCCCUUAGUACAAUAUGAACUUAUUUAUUUUGUAUUUUGUUUGCUUUUAUAACCAAUAAAUCUGUAAUGAGACUACAA